AUGCCGUCACCAGGGCCGCCCCUACCGUCUGCAACCGCAGCGGAGUCGGUCGCGUCCAUCCACGCGAUACUCGCGAAUAACAACAAGGUGCCGCAUAUGAACGGUCAGCCGCCUCCUUGGAACCACCAUCACGCGUCGAUCCCUCAUCAGGGUCAUAGCGGCGUAGGCCAGCCAGCUCUACAGUCUUCAUUGGGGAAACGCAAGGCGGACUCUUCGGACGGUAGCGACGAUACGCACGCGAAGAUUCGGCGUGUCGUCAAAGAACAUGUUUCGCAAGAUCCUGCUCGUGUCAUGCCUAUGACCACCGUGGUAUGCUUGCAUGCGGCCGUCGCUCAGAAGUCGUAUGGUAGCGAGAAACGCUUUCUCUGCCCGCCGCCCUUGGUGCACAUUGAAGGUCCUGUAUGGCACAUGCGUUCGCAGCAACUGUCUAUGGCUGUCGUGUCGGAACAGGGGGAACGCUCCUUUGAGCAGAAGGCGCCUCUUGACAACAACAUGACCGCUAGUUUCAAGUUCCUCCAUGUCACCGGCACUGCGAAGGCUAAGAGCUUCCAGCUCUCGCUCGACAUCUCCGAGCCUGCGCACGGUUUAGAAGCGGAACAGUCCACUCCUGGUCGCAUUUGGGCAACUUUUGAAUCCGCCCCGGUGACCAUCAUAUCCAAGCCGUCGAAGAAGACGGCCAAGACGCGUAACAUCUCUUCCUGUAUCUUGGCCGGGGGGCCUGUCUCCUUAUUCAACCGUAUCAACUCCCAAACUGUGCGCACCAAGUAUAUGACCAUCGACCACGCGCAAUUGUGCGCCAGCAACGUCACCUGGUCUGCGUUUACGGUCAACGUCGUUCGCCGCCAGACCGAGGACAAUUCCUACGCUAAUCCUCAACCAGUCACGUAUGGCGCGGAAAUCGUUUUGACCGAUACCAAUUCGGGCAUAUCCACCUCCCCUCUCUUCAUCCGGAAGGUGGACAAAGGAAAGAUUGUCCCUGAGGACGGCGGUCCCGUCAGCCAGAUGCAGAAGAUAGCUUUACAAAGAAUCAAUCCAGACGGCACCAGGCACUACCUUUCAGCGGCGGGCCCGAUGCCCGGCACGCCUGGCGUCGUCGCUCCUCCUGCCCCCGGGAUGUCGCAGCAAGCGGGCUCUCACCCCCUGUUGUUCCAGUCGCCUCGCAUUCGGGACGAGGUCAAGGAUGGUAUUCGGCAAGUCACCGAUGAAGUCGAUGACUACCUCUGCUGGACUAUCGUGGGGAUUUCUAAGUUUCAGUACACAUUCUUCGACGCCUUCGGCCGUACCGGCGGUAUCCCGGAACUACCGAUUACGCCAUUCCCUACCCUCUUCACGGCGCCGCUCUAUCGCCCACCUAACAACAGUUUGGAAUUGACGGUUACGCACUUUUUCUACGAGGACCCAAAAACCAGGCAAUCAAAUUCCUUGGAGGUUUACCUUGGGAGCCUAGGACCUCUCAAUCAAAGAGCGUAUCAAGCUUCACCCGCAGUGGAUCAUCAUGGCCGUGCAAUCGCCCCUGGACCACCUCGCUACUCUCCAGGUGGUCCUUUGCAUAGCAUUGUUAUCGUCGAGAUGCCGCCAAUAGCGGAUAUUAUCAAGGCGUUGCAGGAGGACACCAUACCCCAAAGCGACGAUUCCAACGAGUCAUCUCCCGACAAGUCCACACCUGCUCCCGAUGGUUCUCGUCCACCCCCUGCGUCUCUCGCUGGUCGUACCUUACCGAUACUUUUCAUACGGGCGUGCGAUGGCGUUGGAUACCAUUCGGGGAGGACAAUCGCCUUGGAGAAUGUCUUCUCCAGUAUGGACCUAGCUGGCAUGGGCGGCAACCCGGGCGGUCCCGCCGACGCUGGGUGGCUGGCAGCCGCUCAGGCAGCGGUGGCGGAAGGCGGCUUGCAGGGCUGGACCCUGCGAGUGUUGUGA